UACCCACUUAGUUGUGGAGGUUGCUUGCAAAUAUGCUCAAGAAUUAGUUUGUUAAAUUUAGUAUGGCAUGUCAAAUUAUGCAGGUCAAUUUAGCUUAUCCAGUGGGCUUUGUGCUAAUUACCAAGGUUGUCAAAAUAAUCCAAUUCGAAGAGCACCAACUGCAUAUGGACCUUACCCUGCGAGUUACAGCAGUAUUCCUGGUGCUGGAAAUGGCCUUUACCAGAUUUCCCACACUAGACAAUACAUUGAUGGGAGGAACACAGUCCCUAGCCCUGGUACCAAUUUCUCAGGGGGCAGCAUGAUAGAACCUUCUCUCUCUGAAACUGCUCUGAGUUCUGAAUAUGUGUACUACCCUCCUAAUGGUCAAAUUAGUAGUUUUGUCUAUCCAUAUCCUGAUUUGCAGGCUCCAAGACCACCAACUGCUUUGUCUAGUGCUCUUCCCUCUAAUCCAAAUGUGGUAAAGCACUGACUCUUGUCAUUUCCCCUAUGCUUCCAUUAGGCGUGUUCAAAUUUAGGUCUCUGAUAUAUAUCAAAUAGUGAUAAGAAGCGCAGAGCUAAAGUAACAUAGGCAAAUGCUAAGACUUAUUGGACUGAAGACUUGCGGUCAGCCAUUUGGAGUAAAAUGCUGAAAGAAGAUAGAAAAAACCAAUUUUGAUAAAAUCCUUGAAUGCUUUUUAGCAUUUAUGGCAACAUUCGAGCAGAAGUUCUUUACAGACAUUCCUUUUGUGAUGCUAAAUGUAACCCACCUAUGCAAUGUUUUGUUAUCUUCUAUUUUUUCACCCUUGUUGCUUCAGUAUUUCAGGUUAUCCUUAUCAAGUUGGAACAUGCCCACCUCCCAUGUUCAAUUCUGGAGGAUAUACCCCCUUUGGGUCAAUGUGAUUGCUGUAAAGACUUUUUGGAAGCAGAGUUCACAACCAACCAUUAAGGUGAAGCCAAAGGACAAAUUAUCCCACGUGAUUGCUGAACCUAGGGCAUGGGCUUAUAUGCAUAGUGCUGGCUGUUGGAACUUCUCCUUCAAGGAUGAAGCCAAUAUCUUCUACAGACAUUGGCUUCUCCCUUUUAGAACAGGAACAACCUUGUUAAAUACCAAAGAUAUAUGGUAGGCCAAAGAAAUAUACCAAAGAUAUGUUAAAAGUCUAAAACUUCUUUUAUGAAUUUUUGGAUUGCUGACUCGUUUUCUUAACUUGCUACCUAGUUAAGUGGUUGUGACCAUAAAUAAUCAUCUCUAGC